AUGGGCACGAUAUCAGACAUAAAGUCCAGCGCUCAGUUGCUGAAGGAGCGUGUGGACAAUGUCAGUGCCCUAGGACCUGAAGUUAAGAAGAACAGCGGCGGCGUGGAGGCAGCUGGCGUGCAGGUCCAGAGGGUGAAUGCCAGCCUGGAUCUGGUGCACACUCAGAUCCUGAUGCUGAAAACCAGUGUGGAGAAUGCCAACGCACAUAUUCAGAUCUUGACAGAAAAUUGGGAGGAUGUUAAUCAUUUAAAUGCCCAAAUCCCAGGGCUAAAAAAAGAUUUGGAUAAAGCCAGUGUGUUAAACACAAAGGUCCGGGGGCUCCAGAGCAGUUUGGAGAAUAUCAACAAGUUGCUCAGACAGCAAGAGCCUCCUUCCAAGCCGGCUCCGGCUCUGGUCCCGAGGAGGUGCCUCACGGUCCGCACGGCGAUAAUCUGCCUGGUGCUGGCGCUGGCCGCCUCCAUCUUGCUGCAGGCCACUCUCUACCCCUGGUUUAUGGGCACGAUAUCAGACAUAAAGUCCAGCGCUCAGUUGCUGAAGGAGCGUGUGGACAAUGUCAGUGCCCUAGGACCUGAAGUUAAGAAGAACAGCGGCGGCGUGGAGGCAGCUGGCGUGCAGGUCCAGAGGGUGAAUGCCAGCCUGGAUCUGGUGCACACUCAGAUCCUGAUGCUGAAAACCAGUGUGGAGAAUGCCAACGCACAUAUUCAGAUCUUGACAGAAAAUUGGGAGGAUGUUAAUCAUUUAAAUGCCCAAAUCCCAGGGCUAAAAAAAGAUUUGGAUAAAGCCAGUGUGUUAAACACAAAGGUCCGGGGGCUCCAGAGCAGUUUGGAGAAUAUCAACAAGUUGCUCAGACAGCAAGAUGACAUUCUGCAGAUGGUUUCCCAAGGAUGGAGGUACUUCCAGGGAAACUUCUAUUACUUUUCUCGCAUAGUAAAGACGUGGUACAGUGCUCAGCAGUUCUGUCUGUCCAGGGGUGCACACCUGACCUCAGUGACCUCAGAGGGUGAGCAGGAAUUUCUGUAUAAGACAGCAGGUGGACUUGUCCACUGGAUUGGCCUGACCAAGGCAGGGACUGAGGGAGACUGGACCUGGGUGGACGACACACCAUUCGAUAAGGUCCAAAGCAAGAGGUUCUGGAUUCCAGGUGAGCCCAACAAUAACGGAAACAAUGAACACUGUGCCAACAUAAGGGUGUCCUCUCUUCGGUCCUGGAAUGACGCCCCCUGUGACAAUCAGUUCCUUUUCAUCUGUAAGCGACCUUACAUCUCAGCAGAACCAUGACAGAGCUGAUCCCUAAGCUUGUCCUUUGAAUUCCAAUGCUUGUUGAACUUGAAAAAAAUGCUUCUCUUUCCCCCAACUACAAGAUAACUUUGCACCUUGAUUUCUAAAUUUUUCUUGUUUCAAAAUGGUCCCAAAGGCACCCUGGAGCCCGUCUGCCUCAGCUGGGAAUUCUUUGCCCCCAUAAAGGCAGCUGGAAUGGAAUGGAGAACUUGGGUUAACCUGGGACUGGAGGGUGGAGAGCUUUGGAAGUUCACACAGCUGGAAGGCAGAUCUGGGCAAUACCCUGGGCUCUCUGCUUCCUUCAGAGAAGUCUCAGUUUUAUUCUGUGUAAGUUGCUUCAGACCAAACCGACAAUUCUCCUGAUACUGUUACCCAGGGCUUUCCUGGUCAGUCCCUCUGGAUUCCCGUUUGCCUGCUUAGGAGUGCUGGUGGCCGGCAGGUGGCAUGCUCCCAUUGCUCUUCUUGUCCGUGCCCCUGGCCAUGCGUCCUGUUGAAGCUGGUCUAGCACCUCCCUCCUCACUCCCUCACUCAGGCCAUGGAGGCCACCUCAGCUUCCCUGCGGACUGUGCAGCUUUUCUCUCCACCUCCCUGCACCUCCUCUUUCUUCUGCA